AUGAGGAUUUUUGAGGAUUCGGAUAGUUCGACCGCAGUAGAUCCGUUCCAGGACGAUGAUGGCGACUAUGGAUCGGAUAAAAAUUACGAUCCAUGUGGAGAUACGUCAGGUAGUAGUUUUCAUAUUAUUAAUUACCGUCCAAAGUCGACAAAAACUAAAUUACAAUCAAAGACUGUUGGCGACUCGUCUCAGAGACCUAAUACUGAUUCUAGUUCGGAAUCUAGCAGUGAUGAAGGCGAUGCAGUAAGACAUUUAAGACAAUCGUCUUCUAGUUCAGAAACUAAUUGGAGCCAAAGCUCUAUGAAUAAGUCAUCAAAUCAAUCCUCAAUACUAAAUAGGAAUGUAGAAACCCCUUACCAAUUAUAUACUCAAGAGGACGGUUCAGGUUAUGACUCGAGCACCUCUGAAGAAAUUUUUCCUCUGGCCAAACGUUUAAAACUGGCUAGCGCUCCAACUAUGGUUCCACCUGUUGUGGCUGAAAGCUACAAUGAAAUAAUUCAAGAAUGUUCUGAACCUGAAAUAAAUGAGUUAUCACCUUCACUAAACUUAUCUCAAAAUAGGCUAUUGGGUUCGUCAAACCUAUUACAAACAUCACCUGACGAGAUAAUUCAGGAAGAACUACUACCUUCACCAAACGCCUCUCAAAAUAGGAUAUUGGAUUUGGCAACUUUAUCACCAAUUUCACAUGUGGUGGCUGAAAGCUAUCACCAUGAGAUAGUUCAGGAAGAACCAAGGUCUUCUGCUGAACUACCACCUUUAUCCAACGCGUUGCACAAUAGACCAGGAGGUUUGUCACGUCCCACUGAGACAACAUCUACAGAGGAAGAAUGGGUGCAAACUACAACUUCCAUACCAGAAUUUAAUUUUGACGCCGAUACUGUAGGAGUAACGUUUUCUAUAAACGAAAACACAACUGUAACUGAUGUAUUCAACCGCUUGUUUCCACCUAUGAUUCUUGAUUAUCUAAUAGAUUGCACAAAUGUAUAUGGCGAAAAUAUGUGUCAAACUAAUAGGCCGAAAACUAGACACAGUCGAUCAUACUCAUUCAAACCUACACAUAGAAGUGAGAUGCUGAAAUUUUUAGGUUUAUGCAUGUUAGGUGGUCAAGUCAACGUACCCCAAAAGCGGAAGCUCUUUACAUUAUCAGACAGUUUAUAUUAUCACCCCAUUUUUGUAUCUACAAUGUCGGGACGUAGAUUUGAGCAACUGUUAAGGUGUCUAUAUACUGGACCUUUAAGUGCUAUAGGCAAAGCAAAAAUAACAGAAUUGAUGGAUGCUAUUACCAGGAAUUUUCGCGUAUGUUACUCACCCGAAAAAGAACUUUCAUUGGAUGAAUCGCUCCUUUUAUUUAGGGGACGUCUAUCAUUUAGACAAUAUUUAAAAUCAAAGAAAGCUAAAUAUGGAAUAAAGUUUUAUGAAUUGACGGAGGCAAGUGGUUAUGUUUUAAAUAUAUUAAUGUAUACUGGAAAAGAUGAAUCUGUGGAAAAGGGUAAAAAAACAGAAAAGAUUGUACUAAGAUUAAUGAGACCAUAUGUUCUGAAAGGUCAUGAAUUAUUUAUGGAUAAUUAUUAUAAUUCUUUUGGCUUGUCUCAUAAAUUACUUGACCUUAGAACACAUACAAACGGAACACUCAGAACAAACCGUAAAGGAAACCCGAAGGCGGUUAUGAAAAAAAAGUUAAAGAAAGGUGAACAUGUAUGGGUACGAAAAAACAAUAUCUAUGUUUCGAAAUGGUUUGAUAAGCGAACCGUAACAAUGAUCACUACAAGGAACCAUCCAAAAAUGAUUAACAUUACAAAUAGACGAGGACAAUUAAAAAGAAAACCAGCGGAAGUGGUAACUUACAAUGAAUUCAUGUCCGGUAUAGAUCGAGCUGACCAGAUGGUAUCAUAUUACUCGUCUCCCCGGAAAUGUUUGAGAUGGUACAAAAAAGUAUUUUUUCACCUACUGGAUUUAGCCGUUUGGAACAGUUAUUUUUUAUAUAGAAAAUACAAAAAGAACAAUAAUACAAAAUAUGAUUUUUUAAAUUUUCGAGAGGAAUUAAUACGAGAUUUGAUUUGUAUUAGCCCUGACCAAAAACCUGAUCUUUUGAUCAAGCAUUCCAAGUAUGACAAUCGAAAAAUAAAUAGGGUAGUAGAUCCGGGACCUUCCUCGAUACAUCUCGAUAAUGGUAACAUUGGACAUUGGCCUGAAAAGAUUCCACUUCCUCCUGGCUCCAAAAAGAAAACGAACUACCUCAAAUGCAAAAUGUGUGCAAAGAAUAAACUUCGUAAGGAAACUGGUUUCAGAUGUAUGGGAUGCAAAGAAAAACCAGCACUGUGUGCACUGUGUUUUAAAGAAUGGCAUGAGACUGCUAAUUUGAUUUCAAGUUAUUAA